GACUCUAGAGAGGCAAUGGCGACGCCCGUGCUACGCUGGUGCUGUCUUGGAAGGCGUUGCGUUUUCGCCGGGAUUGGCGGCGGUUCUCGCCGCGGAAGAGGGGUUCCAACUGGGUCCACGUCCAGCGAGAAGAGGGGACAGAGCUCAGUGGCUCAGCAGCCCCUCAUCACGGCCCAGAAACCGAGGAAAGGUGAACGUGAAUGGGCAGCUGUGGUAGGUUUGGAGAUUCAUGCCCAGAUUGCCUCCAACUCCAAACUCUUCUCUGGAUCUCAAGUCGACUUUGCAGCACCUCCCAAUUCUUUGGUAUCUUUUUUUGAUGCAUCUCUGCCUGGAACUUUGCCGGUCCUCAACAGGCGGUGUGUGGAAGCGGCCGUGAUGACCGGCCUGGCCCUGGACUGCCACAUCAACAGGAGGUCCUUGUUUGACCGGAAGCACUACUUCUACGCAGACCUCCCUGCCGGCUACCAGAUUACCCAGCAGAGGCUGCCGAUCGCCGUGAACGGGCGCUUGGCGUACAGCAUCUGUGUGGGGAAGAGGCGGAGUCAGAUGGUCACCAGGACAGCAGGGGUCAAGCAGAUCCAGCUGGAACAGGACAGCGGCAAAAGCCUCCAUGACAGCCUGCGGUCCCAGACGCUCAUUGAUUUGAACAGAGCAGGGGUCGGCCUUCUGGAAGUGGUCCUGGAGCCUGACAUGUCCUGUGGAGAAGAGGCGGCUGCAGCCGUCAGGGAGUUACAGCUGAUUCUUCAGGCCCUGGGGACCAGCCAGGCGAACAUGGCAGAGGGCCAGUUGAGAGUGGACGCCAACAUAUCUGUGCAUCACCCUGGGGAGCCUUUGGGCAUUCGAACCGAAGUGAAGAAUCUCAACAGUGCCAGGUUUUUGGCCAAAGCUAUAGACUGUGAAAUUCAGAGGCAAAUCAGCGAACUCGAGAAUGGAGGUAAAAUCCUGAAUGAAACUCGCUCGUUCGAUUACAAGCUGGGGUGCACCGUGCCGAUGAGAGACAAAGAAGGAAAACAAGACUACAGGUUCAUGCCAGAGCCCAACCUGCCCCCGCUGCUGCUGUACGACUCGCGGUCCCUGCCCAUUGGCACAGACCCGCAGCAGGUGAUCGACAUCGACCGGAUCCGGGAGCGGCUUCCCGAGCUGCCCCGCGUGACCCGGGAGAAGCUCGUGCAACAGUACGGGAUGCUGCCAGAGCACAGCUUUGCCUUGCUGAAUGAAGUUGGCCUACUGGAGUUCUUCCAAAAUGUGAUAAAAGAAACGAGGGCAGAGCCAAAAAAAGUGACUAGUUGGGUCCUCAACACUCUUCUGGGCUUUUUAAAGCAACAGAACCUGGCCGUCAGUGAGAGUCCUGUCACACCCUCUGCCCUGGCUGAGCUGCUUGACCUGCUGGACAGGAAAGCCAUCUCUUCAUCCGCAGCUAAACAGGUGUUUGAGGAACUGUGGAGGAGUAAAGGCAAGACCCCAGCACAGAUGGUCGCAGAAAAGAAGCUUGAACUGAUGCAGGAUGCAGAGGCGCUGGAGCAGCUCUGCCGCUCCACGCUGGAGGCACACCCUCAAGUGGUCACAGAUGUAAAGAAGGGAAACCCCAGGGCCAUAAACAAACUGAUUGGGUUGGUCCGAAGAGCGACUCUCGGCCGAGCAGAUCCGACGGCGAUAAAGGAGGUGCUGGAGAGGCAGCUGUCGUCGUGACGGGUUCGGGUCGCCCUGCCACGGCCGGGCUGGAGCCUGUGCGCCGACGUCCUAGGCCCCAGCCAGACGCCCCGCGCGACCUGCGCCUUGAGGUGCCACCUCCACGCAGACCAGGCCUGGCGCCGUUGCUUCCGGGGGAGGUGCAGCAGUGGUGAGAAACAGCACGUCCUAGCGUGCAGUGACGCCGAGCUCAGCGCCACGUGCUGUUUCAGAUACUGUCACCACCCUAGGAAAACAUUUCAUUCUGCCGGUCCCUCAACAAAUAUUUUUAAGCACAUGCUAAGGGCCGGCCGGGCAUCGUUCCAGGUGCUGGGGAUUAGCAAUGAAGAGAGGCCGUGAUCUGGAUGCAGUAUUUUGUUUGGGGCGCUGUCAUUAGCCUUAGUACCAGGAAUUAGCUGUAUUCUCCCAUCCACUAAGUGAAAGUGAUGUUGCCCGUUCAACGCCCAGGGUUCCCAGAAGGCAGAGGUCUGAGAAUAAAUGAUUUUUUUUUUUUUUUUUUGGUAAAAAAGACAACAGAAGUUUUCAAAUAAAUUUAAUGAAUAAAAUUUAUACUGAAACAUCACAUAAAAAAUUAACUUACACGUCGAAGAUCGUGCAGUGGACAAACCCCCUCCCCACCCUCAGACCAAAAAGUUUUUAAAGGUGAAAAAAAAAUCUGUAACAUUAAACUGACUUGUUUUGCCUGGAAAGAAUAAGAUGGUAAGCUAGUAAAUCAAAAUCUUGACCCUUAAUGGUAACUGUAGUACAGUUAACAGUAGUCCAUGGAGGCUGCGUCACCCUCACCCGUUCUCGUGGCAAUAAUACUAUUUCUCUGUCGCACUGGGGCACCCCUUUGUUCACUGCACGCCUUUGUUACCUCUGACUCACAACACUAAAGACCAGUUUUGCAAGUGCUGUU